CCACGUCAUGAAAAGUACUUGAUGCAAUGAAUUGAUGAUUACUCAAGGAUGACUUGGGUAACUUUCUUACAAGACAUGUCACAAGUGUUGCAAAUAUGAAGUUGAUGGUAUGUCAGUAUGUUGUCAUUGAUGUCAACAUUCUAUUUCUGUGAUUCAGUGAUUGGUUUGCGCUACGCAUUUCUGAUAUGUUGCAGUUGUAGUCAUGAGGUUUUGGUAUAUUGUUGGAGGUUGCUUUGGGAUGUCAUGCUUAUGAUUAAGUGCUCUGGAAGUUGUGCUCUCAAAGUAUGUUCAGGUGAUUAUGUCUGACAGUGUUUCCAAUGUUUUGCAUUUCUCCACAUUUUUGUUUCUAAUGAUGAUAUUUUGGAUUUAUGCUAUUAAUGUCUUUAUCUUUGAUAUUUUGAUUCGGGACGUGAUGAUGAGCUCCAAAGUCGUGGUUGCUAAUAUGUUCAUUUUGUGCCUGGUCAACCUUCAAUGAUUGUUUUUUAUCCAACAUUUGUGGCGUAUGGAUAACGUAUUGUUUUGAACGAAGUUGUGCAUUAUGGUGUGGUCAACUUCUCAUUCCUUUCUAGUACAAGAAUGCUUAGUGUAGACCUAUUACAAAUUGUGUUCCGAUGAAUUGUUUUUGGCCAACUUGGGAGAUUUUUAAUUGAAGAGAUGGAUAUAAAUAGAGGACGAUUGUAAUGUGAAAAAUGACAGAAGCAAGUGGAUUGAAAAGGAAGAUCUAUUUUCUGCAAAUGUGUACAUGUUUGUGUGACGUUGUGGUUGAGCAAUGAGAUUGAGUGUUGUUGUUUUGUGCUAGAGGCAGUGGGCCAAACAUUUCUUUCGGCACUGAAGCAUUGUGGCAGUUGUGCUUCAAUGGUGGAUUCUUUGUUUCUUUUCUUCUUCUGGGCAGUGAGCACCUAGCGGUUGUAGCAAGGCAGUGAGCCCACCUGUAGUGAGCAUUCUAGCAAUGAGCAAACCUUUGUAAAAAUCACCUUAACUGGUGUCACCCUAAUAGGUAUUCCAUAAUUGAGAAUCGGCAUUGUCAAUGGUUUUUCCCUCCUUGGGUUUUACAUGCAAAAUCUAGUCUUUCAUGUGUGUCUUGGGUAAGUGCACUAAGAUGGUGAACAAAAAAGUGGCCACAUGCCAAAAAAAAACCAAAUUUUUCAUAACCCAUGCGGGUUCUAAAAAUUCAAAAAUGUGCUACGCAUGGUAACACCAAGCCUGUAGAAAAACAAUUAAAAAAACCCAAAGUUCCUCAAAACCCAAAGUUCCUCAAAACCCAUACAGGUUUUGAGGAACAUUUUAUUUUUUAAUAAAAAAUUAAAAAUUUCUCAAAAGCCAUAAAAAACAUUAUUUUCGGGUGUAGGCCACAAGUUUUGGCCAUUUUCAACGCAAAAACCCCUGGAACAGCAGCAAGAAAAAGCGAAAAAAAACAUAGAACCCGCAGGGGUUUGCAACUAUUUUGGAUUUUGCCAACAUUGAGAGCAAUUUUCAACAAUGGCACCCCGUUGAACAGGUAAGAUUUGAUUGGUUUCAUUAAUUUUGUUUGCAUUUUAAUUGAAGUAGGGUUUUUUAAUUGAUUUAAGUUUUGUUUUUAUUAAUUUGAUGUCAAAUUCUUCAAGCAAUCCCCCAAAACGAAAUAGACAACAAAGACCUCCUCCUGCACAAGCAACACAAGAAAACCCUAUAAACAUUGCACAAGAGCAACAAGAAAACCCUCAAAAUCCUCAAAAUGUUGCUCCUCAACAACCACCGCCACCCCGAAACCCUCCACGUCCUCCAUUAGAUCAUGUAGAUGCCACACAAGAGGAUCUCAUCAAUCGCCUUACACAAAAUAAUGCCCAAAUUUCUAUAUUGAUGAAUAGGUUGAGGUCCUCUAGCCUUGAGCACCACUCAACCCUCGCCAGAACACUAGAAACAAUGGCUAAUAGUGCAAAUGAGUUAUCUAGGGAGGUUACGAAAUGGGGUUCAUGGAGGGAUAGAUGUCGAACAUUUUAUGUGGAUGGGUUGUCAUAUGAUCAAGUGAAGAAAAAGGGCAUAGGUAAAGCUGGCAUAUGUGCUCUUUUCACUGAUUUUGUUACCAGUAACAACCUAUAACUAAAUACGACUCAGUUUCCUAUACAUUGGUGUGUUCAUGCUAGGCUGAAAGAAGCCUUUUGGGAUAGGUGGUAUAUGGUCUUUGACCAACCACCUUGUAAUAAUUGGGAGGUGCCUCUAUAUUUUUUGAGAAAGCUGUAUUGUGAGUUUAUCCUCGGCGAGAAGCCAAAUUACUUUGACAUCCGACAAUUUCAGGAUAGAGGGAGAGGCUCUGUGCAGGAUAGACCUGGGGCCCAUAGGGUGGUAGAGCCACAACAUAGGAGGCGUACAACACCUAAACCCAUGGUACAUGUCACUGUCCAUAUAUCCUUGAAGGAGUCUAUGGAAUUACAGACUCUUCAGGCAGCUACAUCAUUCACUGAUGUCAUUGUUCAGCAUGGCACACAGUUGGUCGGAGCAGAGGAUGUACCAGCAUCUGCAGCACCUCCUUCAUCAUCGGCACCCCCUUCAUCAGCAACACCUGAUGCAUCAUUUGGCACGAGCCGGCCCUUUCGGCAUAUGUGCCCCACCUGCCAGGGUGUAUGUUAUGGUGUAGACACUGACAUGGGCGAGGAUGCUUUGACAUCUCAUUUGUGUACAUGUUGCGGGAGUAGAUGUCAUGCUUCCACUACAGAGCAUGUGGCCCUCACCGACGAACUGAUCAAUAUGUUGUACCCUUUGUAUCAGACACAGGGUGCAGCAAGUGGUGGGAGUACACCACAUACUUUUCAGUUGACUCGACCGUCACGAGUAGUUUCGCCACCAGAGUUUACCCCACCUGCCUCGAGGACACCUCGUGUGAGAAAGCCAUCCUCUAGCAAUCCGAGGCAGAAAAAGAUAUCCUCUCGAACACCUAAACGACAGAAGAAACAUAUGGGGUUUACGGAAUUAAUGAAUGCACCUGAUGUCAAUGAGGUUCAACAGAGGGAAGAGGCCCCUUCCAAACUUCCUAAUGGUAUUCUACUAUUCUAUUUCAGUAGAAGUCCUACACGUAUAUUAUGGGAUCCAACACGACCAAGGAAAAAGUUAUGUUUGUCUUAGAUCAACUCCUUUUCACUAAGUGCACAACGGAGUUGAAACCCUCUAGUUAGCUCCUUUUGGAUCACUUACCAUGGAUAUAGGAAAUGGUCGUGACUGAGUCAUUUGUGACUUUGCCUCCUACGACCACAGCACAUCCAUCUAAGGCUCCGUUACAGCCUCCUUCAGGACAUCCCACGGAUCCUCAGCCUCACCCAAUUGCGGAAGACAAAGAUGAGCCACCUGCAGAGCCACGUAAUGCUUCGAAGAGGCUUGAUUUUUAUGAUCCGCCACAGUCUUAGAUAUCAAUAGACAUAUAGUUAUAAUUGUGGUCAUUGAAGGACCAAUUUUUUUAUAUAUUCGAUAUUUGUAUAUGUAUAUAUCAACUUUGACAGACA